AUGUCGAGGACAGUGGAGCUGACUGUAAGACAAGCCUUGAACAUAGCCCAGAACAGCCCCUCUGGCCAAAUCGAUCCUCAAAUCCUUCGACUUCUGGAGAGCUCCCUGGCACAGAUCUGGCGCAACAUCCAAGCACAACCAAACACUUAUGUCAUGAAUGACCUCGAGUUUGCCGUCUUCAACCACUUUAGGGCGCGCUCCGAUUUCCAGAACGAAACGGCGCGGAAGGCUGUGUCGCGGUACUGGAACAGCCGGAACGCGAGACAAAACCAUUGA